AGUGGCGGGCUGCAGGGUUGCUAGCUACCUACAGCCUCAGCAACUUCCCGUGCGACCUUGGGCAACGCACUAGGCCUCUCUGGGCUACUCUUUCACCGGAAAAACAUCUCGUGGGAGGGCUCCCAAGAAGAUCCCCAGUCCUUCCUGCGAACGUAACUAAACAUUUGUGGAGCGCACAGUGUAUAUAGCGACGUGCUUGAGCAUCCGGCCAUUGUUGCAUCUGCUACCUAGAGAAGAUGAGUGAAUCGAGCUCAAAGUCCAGCCAGCCCUUGGCCUCCAAGCAGGAGAAGGACGGCACUGAGAAGCGAGGCCGGGGCAGGCCACGCAAGCAGCCUCCGGUGAGUCCCGGGACGGCGCUGGUAGGGAGUCAGAAAGAGCCCAGCGAAGUGCCAACACCCAAGAGACCCCGGGGCCGACCGAAGGGGAGCAAAAACAAGGGUGCUGCCAAGAUCCGGAAAACCACCAGCACAGCUCCUGGGAGGAAGCCGCGGGGCAGACCCAAAAAGAUGGUGAGUGGAGAGGCUGCGCAGGCACCUGAGGGGGGUCUCACUCCCUGCAUCAGACAGGGAAAGGGAUUUGCCCAGCCUGGGACAAGGGGUCCCAGGUCUAAACCAGCUGCCCCUGUCUGCAUGAGAAGUGAAGGUGUCCAGUGUUGCUAUGACAAAGAAAUGGAGGUGGGGGGCGUGGAGGGGGGCUUCCUCUCCACCUUGGUAUUGGCUGAGGGAGCCCCCUGUGGGAGUGAGGUGUGA